AUGUCAAUAGUAUUUGAUGCCAGUUUAGAUGCACAAGUCGGACAAUUCUUGGGAGAUGUCGAUGAUUUGGUUGAUGCACAAUACAAAAAUGCAGGCAAGGCAGAGAAGCUCAUCUCAUUGGUCAGCAGCAAGGAACGUCCCGUCAAAGAGAACAGUAUUGCCUUUUUAGCAUUUGCCAAUCAACUCCCACAAAAUAAGGAUGCUGCCAGAGAAGCUGGUCUCAUUCCAGUGUUCCUCGGUCUCUUGUCUGAACCAACAUUGGCUGAAUCUGUUUCAAUGGUUAAACAUGCUUCAAUGGGUUUAAUGUUUUUAGCUAAUCAUUCCGAUGUCAAUAAACAAGCAAUUGAACAAGCAGGAGGAUUAGAAAAGAUAUUUGAUGUGUUGAGAUACCUUUUAGCCUAUUUAAAGGCAACCGAUGUUAAAAAGGAGGAUGUUAUCAACACUGUAUCACAUACACUCAACCUUGUCAUUAUCAUGGCUUCACUUGCACCAAUACGAGAAAAGAUGGGUGCCGUUCCAUACUUUAUCGUCCUUCAAAACUAUCUAACCUAUCAAAAUGAAUCGGUUGAUGUUCAAAAUCAAAUCGUUGAAAAGGCUUUAUCUGCUGUCAAUAAUGUUUGUCUUCAUAAGGAAAACAAAGAUAAUGCAAGAGUAGCAGGAUGUAUUGAAGCAGUAAUGCAAUUAUUCAAAUCAUCAAAGGUUCAAAUUGUUGAUAGUGCCAUUAGAAUGAUUUACAAUAUGACCAUUAUCGAUGCCAAUAGAGAGGCUAUUAGAAGAUGUAAUGGUUUGGAGUCAUUGGUUUCUAUUCUCAAUCAACAAGAUGCUAUUAGAUUAAUUGCUCUUAAAGCUAUUUCAAAUAUGGCUGUUGAUAGACAAACCAUUGAAUAUGUAAUGCAAAACAAAGAUACUGUAUUACAACCAAUUUUAGAUCUUUUCCCAUUAGACAAGAAUGAACAAAUAUUCGAUCAAGUAUUGGUUGUUCUUCAAAAUUUGGUGUCUGAAGACAGUCUCAUUGAAGAGGUUUCACGUACUGGAAUACUCUCAAAGAUCAUCCCCUCCAUCAAAGGAAUGCCAUUACAAAAUACUACUCAACAAUCCAUUCUAUUAAAAUCUUCUUGUAUCAUUUCUGGUUUGGUAACAAUUGAGGACGUACAACAAAGUGCAAUUAAUGAAGGAAUUAUUGAAAUAUUAAUUGAUUUGAUUAAAUAUCAAUCGGUUGAUAUUAGAAAGGAAGCUGCUAGAUCUUUGGCCAAUGCUACUCCAUACUAUGAUGAUGUAAGAGGUGAAGUUGGUAAACUUGGUGGUGUUCCACUUUGUUUGGAUUUAUUAUUAUCUUCUGAUAAGGAAGUUGUUAAACAAGCUGCUCGUGCUCUUGUUAAUCUUGCUAGAAAUACACAAAAUGAAGAAAUGAUUUAUGAAGCAAAAGGAUUAGAACAUUCAAUUAGAUUAAUUAGUCAAGGUGAGAAGGAUUUAAAGAUGUUGGGAACCAAGUUGUUGGUGAAUUUGUCGUUGAAUGAAAAGGCAAGAAUUUCAUUUUGUCAAAAGGGUGGUUUGACGAUUGUGUUGGGUUUGUUGACAUCGCCCGACCAAGAGUUGCAACUCCAGGGUACCAAGAUUGCCACGAAUCUUGCUAUCAGCGGUCGCAAUAGAAAGCUGAUCAACGAGAGUAUGCCCGACUUUGUGCCAGCCGUCCAACGAUUGGUGCAGUCGUCGUCGGCCGAGAUCAAGACACAGGCCGAGGUUGCAAUCAGCAAUUUGUCGUUCCCCUAUGAAAAGUCAUACGAGGGUCUUGACUUUGGAUUGGAGGAAGUGCCCGAGUUCCAAGUGUCGCAGUCGUUCUACGAACACGAAGAGGACGACGAUGAAGACGAGGAGGACAAGGAAGCCGCACAACAACAGCGUAUCCAAGAGGAAGAGGAGAUGCGUGUGGCCGCCGAGAAUGAAAUCCAAGAGCGAAAGAGAAUCAUGGAGGAAGAGGUCAAGAGAAUCGAGCAGAGAAGAAAACAAGAAGAGGAACGUCGCGCCAAAGAAGAGGAGGAGCGAAAGGUGGAGGAGACGAGAAAACAAGAAGAGGAACGUCUCAAGCAACUCCAAGAAGACAUGGAACGCGUGCGUUUGGAGGAAGAAGAGAAAAAGAGGGUGCUCGAGGAGGAGAGAAAGCGUCAAGAGGAGGAAGACCGCCUAGUCGCCGCCGCACAGCACUUGGCCGAGCAGGAAAAGGCCGCCGCCACCAAAGAGGCCCACGACCGCCAACUCCGACUCGCCAAAGAGGACGAGGAACGCAAGAAAAAGGAGGACGAGGAGAAAAAGAGACGCGAGGAGGAAGACAAGAAAAAGAAGGACGAGGAAGAGCGAAAGAAGCGCGAGCAAGAAGAGGCUGCCAAAAAGGCACGCGAAGAAGAGGAACGUCGUAUCCAACAAGAGGAAGAAGACAAACUCAAACUGAUGCAACAGGAAAUUCUUGCACGUGAAGAAGACGUCAAGCGUAAAAAGGAGGAAGAAGAACACCGUCGUAAAAAGGAAGAAGAGCAACGUCGUCUUGCCGAGGAACAACGUCGUGCUCAAGAAGCACAAGACAAGGCAUCGCAAGAAGCUGCCAAGGCCGCUCAAGAAGCAUCUCGUGCUCAAAAGCGUACCCAUAUCGUUCAGGAAAUCGUUCAAGUCGAAGUCAACUAUGUCCGCAAUCUCGGAUUGAUCGUUAAAAAGUUCCUCAACCCACUCACAUCGGCCGCUGCCUCUAAACGUCCCAUUCUCACAGCCGACAAGAUCAAAGCCAUCUUUUCAAUCGUCGAAAUCAUCCACAACUUUAACAGUAUGUUGGCCGACGGUCUCCAAUCAAGAGUAAAGAGAUGGUUGGCCGACAACAAAAAGGAUCAUCUUCUCAUUGGUGAUAUCUUUUUCAAGACCACCGAUUUCAUGACCGUCUACAGUACCUAUAUCAACAAUUACAACAAUGCCAUUAAAACCUACAAAGAAAGUAGAGCAAACAAUGUACCAUUUGUUCAAUUUAUUCGUAAAGUUGAAGCUGAUCCUGAAUUACGUGAUCAAGAAUUAGAAAAUUUAUUGAUUACACCAGUUCAACAAUUACCAAGAUAUGUAAUGUUACUUUCAGAUUUAAUUAAAACUACAAAUGAAGAUCAUCCAGAUUAUAAAUCAUUGGUAGUUGCAUUGGACAAGAUCAAGGGAGUAACAUCCUAUGUCAAUGAGAGAAAGAGAGAUGCAGAGGAUGCAAUGACCAUGAUUUCAAUCCACCAAAAUCUACAUGGCAAAUUACCAAACAAUUUCUUGGCACCACAUAGAAAGUUUGUAAAGGAAGGUACCAUUCAAUUUGGUUCGAGUUCGGGUUCCUUCAAAGACAAGGAUCCAGUUGUCUUUUUGUUUACUGAUAUGUUGAUGAUGACCAUCAAACAUCCCAACAAGCCAAAUGAAUACAAGUACCGUUACUCGGUCAUGUUGACCUCAUCCACCACCGUCGAGGAUUUCCCACGUAUCAACAAUGGUUUCCUUGUCAAGGGUGCUCAAUGGUGGAUGUUUAGUUGUACAUCUGCUCAAGAAAAACAACAAUGGGUUGAAAGUAUUAACAAAUGUAUUACUUUAUUACCAAAAUCUUCUCCAUCCUCUUCAACUACUUCUGUACCAUCCAAAUAA